AUGUAUGCAAAUGAGGGUCGGAAAACAGCUAGUGUCAAGUGGACCACACCUGCAGCACAUGAUGGUCAAGGAAAGAAUUGUGGUCGCUGUGUCUGGACAUGGGAUGUAUUUGAUAUCGGACUCACAACAUUUGUAUACAGAGCAACAGAUGACAGCGGCUUGUCAAGCUUCUGUUACAUCACAUUCGAGGUAAAAGUUCACACAUGUUCUGUGCCAGUAGUUGCCCAUGCUGACCGUGUCUGUAACAGCACCGACUUCAUCUUUGGAACAACGUGUCAGUUCACCUGCAACAGCGGGUACGACAUCAACGGAGCGAGUCAGCUGAAGUGUGAAGAAGGAGGAGCAUGGUGCCAUCAGGCUCCUAGAUGUACACCAAAGACCUGUCCCGACCUUGACACCUUCUCCUGCACUGACACCUACAACUACGGCAGUCUCUGUUCCUUGACAUGUAACGUGACUGCUGGACAUGCUGUGACACUUCCGAGAUCAACAUUCUGUCUUCAAAACGGAAGUUGGCAUUUACCAAUACCCAGCUGCAGAGACACAGCUCCGCCGAAAAUUAGCAAUUGCCCAAUGGAAAACAUCGUUGCGUACGCUGUCAGCGCCGUCGCCAUGACGACAGUGACAUGGGACGAUGUACUGGGGACGGACAACUCGGGAAAUGUUUCAGUCACACAAACAGCGGGACCACUCUCAGGAUCACCCUUUCCCGUUGGAAAGACGGACGUCAAUUACAAAGCAGUGGAUUCUUCAGGAAACGAGGCAGAAUGUGAAUUCAGCGUUCUUAUCAACUAUCAGAUCUGUCCAACUCCACCCUACAACGACCCGAGGCUGCGCUAUGACUGCAGCAACCAGUAUGACCUUGGCUCACGGUGUGACGUCAGCUGUACUGACGACUACGUCCUUGACGGAUCAAGCUCCAUACAGUGUCAGACAAAUGCUGCCUUACUACCACGAAUGUCCUGGGCCCUGUCGACUGGUUCCUCGCCGUCCUGUCACAAACCAAAAUGUCAACCCCUGAAGUCGCCUACCAAUGGCUUUCUAACCUGCGACCACCAUCAAACAGCUGGAGAUAUCUGUACAAUGACAUGCGAUGAUGACUGGGACAGGCCACGCAAUGCACAAUUCGAUCUGUUUGCUUGUUCACCAUCAUCUGGCAUCUGGCAGCCGACCAGUUUGGUACCAGAUUGCACAGUCAAACGAAUUCCAGGCGAGAUGCGUCUGCUAGCCAGCAUGAGAUUUUACACAAGCAGCUGUGGCAACGCAGCUGGUAAACACCAGCUUCAGGGUACAUUCCUACCACUCAUCAACAGUACUACAUUCUUCUCAAGUACGACUUGUGCCACAUCCAGUUCCUGCUCAAUAGAGGAUGUCAGUGUUGAGUGUCUGGCUGUAAACCGCAGGAAGAGGAGUAUAACUGAUCGUGAGCUUGAUGUCCCACGUGGCCGGCACAAGCGGUCGGAGACGGCGUUAGUGGUGCGAUGGCACUUCAGCGUGACGUACAGUUGCGCCAGCAUGACGACAGAUGACUGCGUCACGCACCACGAGAAUGUCCUGCAUGAGCUACGGGACAAGGUCCAGGUGAUGCUGGACAGUGGGAGUUUCAACACGACCGUCGUCGGUGUCCACGUCCGCAGUGACUCCUUCAAUUACAACUACGCUCACUUCAAAUGUGGGGAAGGAAUGCUACCAGUCCUUGAAACUGGUUCGUGUGCCGUAUGUCCAACGGGUACCAUGUUUAACAGCACAACGACCUCGUGUGAUCCCUGCAGUAAAGGUACUUACCAAAACGAAGACCACAGCUUCACCUGCAAGACAUGCCCUAGCGGAACCAGCACUCUUGAUAAAGGUUCGAGAUCAAGUACAGAUUGUAAAGUCCAGUGUCUGGCAGGACAGGCAUCCCCUAACGGGAUAGAGCCCUGUGUUGUGUGUCCCAUUGGCGAGUACCAACCGUCGGCAGGGACCAGACACUGCCUCCCUUGUCCUCGAGGUACCAUGACCACCAUCACUGGAAGCACACAUAGAGAAGCGUGUACAUCCUUUGAGUUCUCCAGCCAAGGUGAUGUCCAACUGACAAGCAUUGCACCAACGUCAUCUGAUAUUCUCGACUUCACAUUGUCAGUCUGGUACAAAGCCACCAAUCUUACAAAGGGUACAACUAUAUCCGCUGGUGGCACUGCCUUUGUGCUCCUUAUCAAACAGCCAAUGACGAUCUCCUUAAAUGGAGUGCAGAUGAUCACCGCUGGGACAUAUCUCAACAGAUGGACUCGCUUGGACGUGACGUUUCACUCAAGCACCCAAAAUCUGACGCUGUAUAGAGACGGGCAGACAGUGUCUGUGUCAGUAGCUUCUCAAGCACCAGUAAUAGCAUCGUCAUCAACGCUGUCUCUCAAUGUUGGCAGUAGUGAUGCAAUAUCAGUAAGGAGCAUGGCCCUGUACAAGACCUGCAAGACGGCCGCGCAGAUCCUGGCGAUGGCGUCCACCUGCGACACAAUGGAGGAUGACAAUAUUGUUCUUUCCGUGGAUCACAUGAGCAAAGGAGGUCCUGGAUCGAUCACUAUGAAGUCACCGAGCUCAUGCAAGGCUGUGGAGGAGUGCCUGGCGUCCCCGUGUAAUGGGCACCCAUGUCUCGACACUCCCACCUCCUAUGUUUGUCAGUGCCAGAGUGGCUACACUGGAAGGACCUGUGCCUCGCCGCCAGACUUCUGUGAACAUCAUCAAUGCGAGAACAUGGCGCUGUGCAGGUCUGGUGGCUCCAACUACACAUGUGAAUGUACGCAAGGCUUCCGUGGACCUUUAUGCCAACAACGGAUCGUUGAUGGUGGUUGGUCAACUUGGACGGGCUGGUCAGCAUGUUCUGUGACGUGCGGGGGUGGCCUCAGGACAAGGUCAAGGUCAUGUGACAGUCCACUACCGGAUGCUGAAGGGACGGAUUGCCCAGGACCAGCCACAGCAACCUUGACCUGCAACACGCUGAACUGUUUAGUCUGUAGUUCAUCACAGCUUCAAUUAGGAUAUGGUAAUAUCGUCAGCGGUCCGGAGUGUAAUGGAACAGCUGGAGCCCUCGACUGUAGACCUGUCUGCAUAGAAGGCUUCUUCACACCAAGGCAUCAGAUCACCGUGUACACAUGUAGAGAGGGACACUGGAGUCCAGCCACCAGACUGCCGUCCUGCAUCAGAGUUAUCUCCCCUACAUCAAUGUCACUGACGGCUCAAGUGAACUACACGGGCGAAACGUGUCUCACACCGUCACACUCAGAAGACCUGAAGAUCUCCUUGACCCAGAACCUCGGUAGAGUUGAGUGUGGAAGGAAAUCAACCUGUUCAAUCAGUGUUGCCUUUCCUGGUUGUAGCCCCGAGGGCAUAACAACGACUUAUUCCCUCUUCACCGUCAACCUCACAAACUCUGACCUUGACCUUAACCUUGACCUGCCAUCCUAUAUUCACAAUAAAACACUAUCUCCGGGGCUUGCAGCUGUGGUUGAUGCUGUCGAGACAUUGGAACAAACAGCUCGACAGUUACAGAAUACAAGUACGUCUGUCUGGACCGUGACGUCAAAUAGCGUGACGUACUCGCCGUCAUAUCCCAUCAACGUCACAGCUGAUGUCAUCUGCCCCCGAGGGACGUUUCCUGAAGAUGGGUUGUGCGGUGAAUGUCCAGCGGGUACAUUCUACAGUGAUAUCCGCAGCACAUGUGUUCUCUGCGCCCGGGGAACGUACCAGAGCACUCCAGGGCAGUCACAGUGCAGAGAGUGUCCCCCGGGGAGGACAACGCCAUACAGUGGGUCCACGUCCGCUGAAGAAUGUACCCACACAACAGAUACUACAUUAGUUCCAAAGGGUUCUCACGUUGAGAGCAGUACUCUUGUCUUCACAACCAAACAAGAUGUUCCAUCCUCUAACAACAACGUUCUCAUCAUUGUUGCAAGUGUGUUGGGGGCAGUUGUUCUUGCGGCACUCAUAGUGAUUGUCGUGUUGAUACGUCGAAGAAAGAAAAAACCAACGAAUACUGGCUCUAAUGAAGGGGUGUACGAAGAGGGAUAUCGAUGGGAAAAGGGCGAUGAGUACCUUUCACCGCUGACCCAGGAAAAUGUCUACCAUGAAAUACCAGUCCCGGACAAUGUACCAGGGAAAACGCCGUACUACUACCACGUUGGGGGAGAGAAAUAUGUACCUUGUGAUCCUGACCAGGAGCCCGACCCGGAUGAUCUGCCCAAAAGCCAACUCCAAGAACAACCAAAGGAUGCUCCUGAAGCGGAUCAGGAUUCACAGAGAGUGGAUGGACGGGCAAUGCCAUCCUAUCUACCAAAUACCGCUGAGUUCACACUAUUCUUGGAAGAAAGAGUCACUUCUAACCACGACACUAUUGAUCCUUAUUAUCAGUGAAGAAACAUUCAUGAUUGAGACUUGUCGUUUAACGGCUAACAAAAUGUCUAUGAGAUAAUUUCGCUGUCUAAUAUUUAACUCACUCACUCACAAUUGAGAAAAAGGCGAAUCCGGACUCCGCUGGUACAAAUAAACAGGCUUCCGGAUUGACAAUAUUUGGGACGUCACUGUAUACCCAAAGGAAAGUUAAUCCAUACAUAUGGUUCGUUAAUCAGGUACAUUCACCUGGCACUGUCUAGUCCGGUACGACGGGAUGAUCAUAUGUACAAUGACUGUGGAUUUUGCAGAUUAACAGGUGGUUAGCAAGAUUUUAUCCGUCAAAAUAAUCCUUUCAGGUUUUCUUACAGUUAAUAUCAAUAAGAAAUCAACUCUUAUCGUCAUAUUUUUACCCUGAAAAUGUACAGGCAGGCAAUUCAAGAAAGAGUGAAAAAAGAUGGUUCGAAUUCAAAACAACCCUUGCAUAGUAUUGCCGUAAUGCUCAAUCUUUUGAUAAUCUUUUAUUCAAUGGUUCUAUGAUUUCUGUUUUCUGAAGUGUUUUUUGAGGACGUCAAUAUUUUCACGAUUAGUUAUUAGGGGGAUAUGGGGUAUAUCCCAAACAUGAUUAACCUUUUAUCCAACAACCAUCUUUGAAACUGCUCCCUCAAUCAUUUGCAGGUGGAGGAGUUCGCUUACAAUGACUAUUAAGGGGAGGUAUGGAUAAAAUUGCAACAUGUAUACUGACCCAAAUACUGAAUAACAAAUAGAAAGUAACAACACAGUACAGUACUCACUAGUUUGACAUAAUAGGUGUGAGUGAUGGGAGUUUCCAGACGGUCCGAUGAUGCUUGUGAAGAGAUUGUUUGAAAGUUUGGACAUGCUUACUUUCCAGGAUUCAGUCUCUGAAGUCAGUUUAUGCCCAAAAGAGUAACCGUCGUAUAAUCAUAUUUAUUUUAUCACUGCGUUUUUAAAGGCCUCUAAAUUCCAACGUGUAUUAGUAUUAACUUGGACCAAGUAGGUUUUCUCAAUAUUUUAUGAUUUAACAUAUCAAAAUCAACCUAUCUCUGCCUGCUUUCCCAUUAUGUCUUUAUUUGAGAGGGAAUGUCCAUGAGAGGUAUGGCUUUGUCUUUGACCCAAUCAUGCCGGGUCUGUUUUUUCUAGAGGUUGUUUGGGUUGCAGUUAGGAGACGUAUAAAUUUUUGAAACUACUAAAUAUUAGUUAUUUGAAAACUGGUUUCAAUUAUCAGUACAUGAUAAACACGUACAAUCACAAUGACGUUUUUGUUUUGAAUAUUAUGCAACUAUGUUGGAUCGCAUUAAUUUGCAGUUAUUACCUUUUGGUAAAAAAGCUUGGAAACAACCACAUUCAGUGACAUUGAACACUAACGAUGUCGUAUUGCAUCGAAAUCAUAGCCAAUACAUAUUUGUAUAUCUCAAGAAUUGGCCUCAGACACUGUAUAUAUUUAUGCUCUCUUAUAAAGAAUGUGUCUGUAGUCUGUCAGCCAUCAUUUUGGCUCCCGGUUUUUCACAGUUAUUUUAUAAAAAAGGUGUUUAAAAUGUUAGUCAUUUGAAUCCCAGUUUGGCUUCAGAUGCUGUCUCUCAUCACGUGUUCUAACACGUGCAUCAACAAUUCCCGAUUCUGAUUACAACAUGCAACUCUGAUUGAAGCAUGAUAAUUCACAAACUGAUGUCUUUGUCAAUAUUGCACAAUCAUGAAAAUGUGUUCCGAAUCCAACAUGAUAUCACCCUCGAUAUAUACUGAACAAAAUGUUAGGGAUCGUGGAUAAUUUGGGGGUUAUUUUUAUGAAAUUAUGUGCUCAGUCUUCACUACAAAGUAUAUCUUCUUUUCAGCAUAAUGCUUGAAAAAGUUGCCCCACCGGCGACCAAUGAUGGGUUCACGUGUGUCCCACCAACAACCAAUAAUGCCUUCACCUGUGUCCCAAUAACAACCAAUAAUGUCUUCACAUGUGUCCCACCAACGACCAAUAAUGUCUUCACGUGUGUCCCACCAACAACCAAUAAUGUCUUCACCUGUAGUCCGUCAACCAUCAUUUUGACACUCGGUUUUUCACAAUUAUUUUCCACUAAACACACAAUCACGCAACGACCGUUGGUUUUUAUUGAACAAUGAUAUCUGCCAGUUUUGUAAUAUUUAAUAUCCGAAUAAAAUAAUUUCAUUGUUUUCAUGUUAUUUUGUAACCGUUGACAUGAUCCUGUAGAAGGGGUUGGAACCGACGAUUAAACGUCUCACAAUGUAAUGUGUGUCACAUGCUUGCUACAUGCAUGACCCUUGGUAUUCUUAAUACUAAAUAGUAUCCAGCCCGAUGGUGAGAUUAUCAGCGACUGAUUUGGGACCACCAAUGUCUGAAGAACAUUUGAUUCCCAAGGCUUAUUACCCUGUAGUCAUGACAUGUAUAUGUCUCCAAAACUUUAUUGCCAUUAUUUAUAAAACGCUUAUCCCCGUUGUAAAUCCUCACCAACGUUUCAUUGCAUAUUGACUGUCAGCUAACCUUGGCAACUAUAUCACUUCCCGGUAGUUAUAUUUAUUACCAUAAUUGAUCAUCCCCUAAGCUGUGUCGGUUCAUCACCAUCAUCAGGUGUCAUAUACUCCUUCACCUGAUGAAGGAGUAAGC